AAGUUUGAUUUGAAUUGAAUUUGGUUGGAACGUUGAGGUGUUGGAAAUGUCGAGUCGGAAGGAGGAUGAAAAGAAUGAGCGGAUUAUACGGAAUUUGCUCAAGUUACCCGAUAAUCGGAGGUGUAUUAACUGUAAUAGCUUGGGGCCUCAAUAUGUCUGCGUUAACUUCUGGACAUUUGUCUGCACAAACUGCAGUGGAAUACAUCGCGAGUUUACCCAUAGAGUGAAGUCAAUAUCUAUGGCUAAAUUCACUUCACAAGAAGUUAGUGCUCUUCAAGGGGCAGGAAAUGCGAGUGCAAAAGAAAUUUAUCUUAAGGAAUGGGAUCCACAUCGUCAAUCUCUUCCGGAUGGCAGUAAUGUGGAAAGGCUUCGAGAUUUCAUUAAACAUGUUUAUGUAGAAAGGAGAUAUUCCGGUGAAAGGAUCUUUGAGAAGCCUCCAAGGGUGAAGGUGGCGGAAAGCGAGGACUCUCAAGAAAACAGGAGGAUAGGUAGUUUCCAGAGUGGUUCUCAAAGCCCACCAUAUGAUGAUGAGCAUCGUUAUAGUGAUAGACCGAGUCCAGGUGGAAGAAGUCCAGGGUAUGAUCAGGAUCAUCGGCAAUAUGAUAAGAGAAGUCCUGCUCGCACAGAAGUAGUCAAUGACUGGCGACGUGAAGAUAGAUUUGGUAAUGGAAGGAGAUCGGAGGAUAUAAGAGUGUCUGAUGGAGGUUCUAAGCUUGGUAGUAGGUCGCCAGAUCAUCAAAGAGAUCUCGAUGUGUCCAGCCCACCAGUGGUACGACCUGUUAGAGAUAUUUUGGGAGAGAAUGUUUCUCCUCUUCGUGUUCUUGAACCUCCAAAAGCCAAUGACCCCAAGUCUGCUGAUGUUUCCACACGCACUCAGAGAACCGCGUCUUCCAGUAGCUUGGCAUCCUCUAAUGGGAACCCAGCUGAAAUUAAAAUUGAAGCUUCAUUAAUUGAUUUUGAUGCUGCUCCAGAACUUCCUGUACCUGCACCGGUGCAGCCACAGCAAUCGGCUGCAAGUGCAUCCAUAGCGCAGACAGCAACACCUAGCAGUGAUAACUGGGCAAAUUUUGAUUCUGUGGCUGAGGUGAAAGCAUCUCAGCCACGUGUUAACUCCAAUCCACUGGAAUCUGUACUUUCUCAGCUGUCAGUGCCAGCAUCUGUAUCUGGUCAUGUGGCCGUGACUCCGGGAAUUGCAAACAACUCCACAGCAUCUUCAACUGGUAAUCCAGCAGCUGCCCCUGGACCUGUUGCAUCACUGCGAAUUCCGGCUGCCACAUUCUUCGUUCCCUGCUGUUGA